AUGGUUAGAGUCGCUGGUCUUCCAACACCACCGACAGAAAUUCUGGGUGCGGUGCUCACGCUUAAUGGGCGUAUCAACAGUGUCUUCCCGGACAUGCAGUUUACGAUGGAGCAGGAAGAAAACAACCAGCUGGCCUUCCUUGAUGUCCGCGUCUGCCGCAAGGAUUGUGGUGGCCUGAAGAGCAAAUUGUUCCAGAAAGUGACAGGCACGAUUCAAGUUCUGAACUUCAACGGCAAUCACCCAAUCAGCCACGAACGCAGUUGCGUAGAGACGCACUGCAGUGAAGUCAAAAAUUCCCGAAGAGGUGAAAUCGUGGACCCCCAGGCCAUGAACAAAUAUCACCAUCUGCCCAAUCCAUAUUCGGUGCCGAGGCUCAAUUUGGCCGAAGCAAGUGGCCAUUUGGGGAACACACAGGCCACCGUGUCAUCUUACCCCGACAUCGGUCGACCAGAUGGCAGAGCAAUCAUCCAAGCCCAAUCAAGUUCAGCAGGUCACGGCCUGCAUGCCGGCCAGCAAGCAAUUAACGCACAAGAGGCAAUUGUCGUUAAUUGUCAUAAGUGUACAGUAAUUACUGCAUCCUAUAAAUACUGCAAUUUCCUGUGCAUGUAUCAUUCACUCACGCGCUCCUAUCACGCUGGCGAACACAUAACAUCGAUAGAUGGCUCAGUCGCUUGCACGCUCCCCUCCGGCGCUAAGACUUUCCCCUCUAACUUCAUCGCCCUGGAUGCCGUUUGGGAAAUGUCCUCGUUGCUGCGGGAACUCGUCGUACCUCAGCAAAUGUAA